GCGUCUCAACUCAGCUGUGUGGAAAAUAUACUCAAGGUGAAGUAGUGGUUUGUAGUUGAAUUUGUUAAUGUUUAUAUACAGAGUUCUGUUGAUAUUGUGUUACUCUCUGUUAACCGAAUGUUUAUUUUAUAUGCAUCUCAGCUAAAGUUUUCUGUUUUUUAUUACCAUGCCCACUUGUUCAUUUUCUGAAGCACUUGAAAUUCGUUAUGUGGAAGAUAUUGAAGUUAACCCAAUAGAGCCAUGUGAAAUCUUCCUUGUGGGUAGUUUUCCUGGUCGUUCAAGUCCUAGUGGAAGAUUAGUUCUUCCUCGAACACUUACACUAAAUUGUUGUGGAAUCAACCGAGCGGGCACUUUACGAAAAAUUGAAGAACUUUGUCAUGAUGUGGAAGAAUUGGAUUUGGCACAAAAUGAGCUUUGCGACUUAAAUGAGAUUGACAAUGUUUUACGGUACAUGCCAAAUUUGUCUUUCCUAAAUCUAAGCCAUAAUGACAUGAAAGAGGCUAUGCCAGAACAGCUGACUAAAAUGGAGAAUUUACACAGUUUAGUUCUAAAUCAUACUCAUGUUCCAUGGGAAACUGUAUGUAGUUUUCUUGAUGCUAUGCCAAACAUUAAAGAACUUCACCUAAGCCUUAAUGACUACACAUGUAUUGAUUUGCCUUCCAAUAAGCAGUAUACAAAAUUGAAACAGCUUUUUGUUUGUGGGAAUCCAAUAUCUUCAUGGAAUGAUGUAAUACUCAUUGGUAAAAUCUUUCCUAAUUUGGAAUCCUUAAUUAUGGCUGAUACUCGCAUUGCUUCUGUUCCUGAACCUUCAACAUGGGAAGAUGUAUUUUUGCAUCUUCAGAUAAUUAAUUUCAAUAACGUGCUUCUAAAUGACUGGAAAGACAUUGACAGGCUGAAUCAUUUUUGUAAACUAGAAGAUAUUAGGCUGCAAGGGAUUCCUGUGUUAGAUGUAAGUUUACCAUUAUAAUUUAACAAUUAUAUU